AUGCUUUCGCUGCCCGACUCGCCGCCGCAGCUCCCGGGCGCCGGAGCCUGGGGCUCUCUGUACGAUGUCCAAGAACCCGUGAAGCCUCAUCAAGUAGUUCUGGUCCCCGCGGCCGCCACGUUCAAGAAGACAACGUACGGUGGCCGGAAGAAGAACCUGGAGACGUGCACCGAGGCGCUCGGGUGCGAGACCGGCGCCGUCGACGCUAUUCCGGCCGGUAACGUUGCGGACGGUGGCGACGCUUGCGUCGAGGCCGAGUGCGCGGAGAGGAAGAGGCCCGCCAGGGAGGAAGAGGAGGAGGCGAUGGAGGGGAGGGCACGCCGGUCGGGGCGCCGCCCGCUGCCUCCGCCGCUGACGACGCUGGCGCGGGGCGCGAGCCGCGUGCGGAUGGUCCACGAGCGGCGCGACGGGCGCCUGGAGGUGUACGCGGUGCGGACGCCCGGGGUGGUGGAAGCCGAGCGGAGCGGCGGGCGCCUCCGCAUGCGCCUCCUCCCCCUCCCCUGCGAUGCCGUCAAUGCCGCGGCCGCGCGCCGCCGACAAGAACCGCAAGAACCAGAGGCCGAGAAGGAGAAGGCAAAAGAAGCCGAGGAGGAGGAGGCGCAGUACGGGGUCGCCAUGUACGUGCGCGGCGGCCGGUGCGUGGAGCGGGAAGGUGGCGCGGCGGCGGCAAGGCGCGGCAAGCAGUGGGAGCCGGAGCAGGCUGCCGCGUUCUGGGUCGCCACCUCCUGA